UUGCUUGUCUCGGACUAUAGUACAUUUCAGGGUAAACUCGCCGCGUCGAUUCGUUGGCUCAUCUUACGUGUGUAUGAGCAAGAAAAGGACAUACCAGACAAGCUCCGACGUGGUGCAUUCCGUGACGAGCGUGGCCAUUUGCAACUUGACAUUGCCAUUCUCACCGGUCUAACCAAUGGAUCGCUUUACUGUCAAGCAGCGGCGAAAAUAUUCAAAGAACCACAACUUGUAACGCAAUCACAUGGAGCCGUCAUAGCCGCAUUAACCGAUUACGGAAUCGACGUUCUACAGUGUAGUGACGGUGGAACGUCACCAGUUACUGAAGCGGAGCUCUUCGCAUCAGACAGCUUUAACAUGUCGGCUCAUUUGGCGAUGAUGGAUGCGUUAAUGUCGGCUCAUCUUCGUAAUUUGAUUACCGUUGAUCGUGUCAUUGAAGCAGUAAGUCGCCAUACGAGUGUCGAUGAGAGCGAGCGACCAGUGGAUUCAGUCGAUGCGCUGCUUUUUUGGAUAAACAAAGUUUGUCUCCUUGUGAGAGAUGACGUUGAACGAGGUGGCAUGAUACCUGAAAUGGAAGAUCUUUAUGAUGAAAUCAGCGAUGGGCAAUGUCUCUGUACAUUAGUUGCAUGGUAUCGACCGCGCGAAAUGGAAAUUGAAGAUAUUUGCUAUAACGACCAGAUGAGCACAUCACAUUGCCACUAUAAUCUGCUUCUUCUACAACGGUUUUGUCUCAACUGUCUGCCGUGGAAUCCGUUUCACUUCGAGAUUGAGGAUAUUCUUUAUCUUCAUGACUCGUUGCAAAUGAAUAUCAACGUUUUUCUUGCUGAUUUAUUCGAGAUUUUCGAACCUGCACCAACGGUUGUGGCUCAACCUGAAUCUGUCACAUCACCUCGGCGAUUCGUGCCGGUGCAAGGGAUUCCGGAUCUCCGCGCUGCCAACUCAGCGGCUCGCAAUCCUUAUCCGCCAAGGGUGAGGAAUCCGUUCAACAAUGUGCAUGUAACGUCCACUCCACCCGGAGUUCCGACUGCUAUACCAUCUCGUUCGAUCAGCAUGAUGAGCCAAGACAGCCUUCUCACGAAUAGCUUUCGGGUAAACAUAUUGAUUCAGCCCGAUGAUGGUAGUAACGGUAACCUGUCUACAACGGGAUGUUCGCCGUACGCGAGGAGUGACUCUCUGCCAAUAGCCUCAAUCAGGCUCGCGCUUCAGGAAAAACGCCGUGAUCACGAAAAACGAAAGGCGCUGAUGAGGUGGAAACCAAUUUUGAUUCUAUUUCUUCAACUGUCUGAGCUAUCGGUGAACCUGCGAUUCCAUCGUGUCGACCCUCCCCUGGAAAUCAAUAGGAACCUCACAAACUGGGGCAUGACUUAUCAGAAGGGUCAUACUGGUCGUCCUCAACGUAGAACGUGGGAGAAUCAGACGUUCAUCAAAAGCGAGCAUGAUCUCGUCAAUCAGCCAGAUCUUGUACCGACCGUACCGAGUGAUGACGUGAGAACAACCACAACGACAGUCACCAUGCCCAAUAGGUGCAGUUCCACGACGAUCGUCGAUCAAAUCGAACAAAGGAAUGCCGAAAAGCGAAUGGCCGAGUUGGCUAAACGAGAGUUGGCUGAGCAGCGAAAGCUGGAAAAGGAGCUCCAGCGUCAGAAGAUACUGGACGAUUAUAAACGGCGAAAAAUGGAAAAGGAGCUUGGUUUGGAGUCGGGUUCAAGUUCUGCUCGUGGGGCAUCUGGUCGCGGUCAUUCUCAACCGCCAUUCAUACGAACUAAAUCGCAGGUAAUGAGUUGGCGUCUUCCUCGUGCUCGUGGACAGUCCACUGUAGAACAAAGAAUCUCUGUACAAAGUCUGCAAGAGCCAACCCAUAAAUUGUUUGCAAGAGCUACGCCAAAGUCAAAUCGUGGAUUGAUCAUCAAUGCGUUGCAGUACAGUGUUUUCCCUGGAGCUGUCAACGAUACGACAAGGAUGAAGACGAUGAAUGAUUUGGCCGCAUCAGAUGCAAAACACUUCCUAGUUUUGUUCCGUGACUACAAGUGCCAAUACAGAGGCCUUUACAGUUGGGACCAGGUAUCGGAUACGGCUAUCAAAAUUUCGGGACAGGGUCCAUCCAAGUGCACUGAGAGUAUCAUGAAGUUGAUGUUCAAGUAUGAUUCGGGUGCGAAGAAUUUUUCACAAAUCCCCACGAAGCAUCUUGGUGCGACUAUCGAUGGUUUCACGAUUCAGGACCAGUUUUGGCAAAAACCCAAAAUUCCGCAUAGUGGUGCUGCUUCUCAUAGAAAUAAUUAA